CCCCAGAAUAUUACGAGGUGUACAUCAGAGGGGCAGUCCUCAGCCUGCAACCUCUGACUUUAUAGAAUCAGCAUCAUCCAGGUUGUAAAACUCGCUGGGCCAAGUGCAUCCACAGCCAGAAGACGGCCACAGAAGACCAUGGAGUUACGUCGGAGACGACUGAUUCGCAGGACUUUGUUUUUGUAAACAUCCCCUCCUCACCGGGGUAACUAACUCUCGGAAGGCUCACGUGCAGGGGAUAAGAGGAUUCCUCAAAUGGGAUGGAUCCCCAGAGGGAGAUGCCCAAGAAAAACAACACGGAGCAUCUAAUUGCUGACAGGCGGGAAGGAAUUGGUGUCUGUGGCUGGAUCCUUGUUUCCCUUUCGUUCCUCCUGGUGCUUAUUACCUUUCCUAUUUCCAUCUGGGCAUGUAUCAAGGUUAUCAGAGAAUAUGAACGUGCUGUUGUACUUCGUCUGGGACGUAUACUGUCUAAGAAAGCAAAGGGACCAGGUUUGAUCCUCAUACUCCCAUGUACAGAUACGUUUAUCAAGGUUGAUCUUAGAACGGUUACCUGUAACAUUCCUCCACAAGAGAUUCUCACAAAAGAUGCCGUUACUACCCGGGUUGAUGGGGUGGUGUACUACAGGAUCCACAGUGCCAUCAGCGCCGUUGCUAACAUCACUGAUGUCCACUCAGCUACCCUUCUCUUGGCACAGACAACCCUGAGAAAUGUUCUGGGUACACAGAGCUUGGCUCAGCUCCUUGCAGGUCGUGAGGAGACUGCACACAGUAUCCAGGCUAUCCUUGACAGUGCCACGGAGCAGUGGGGAAUCACAGUGGCCCGAGUGGAGAUCAAAGAUGUCAGGAUCCCCGUGGCCAUGCAGAGGGCAAUGGCAGCUGAAGCAGAGGCUGCUCAAGAGGCAAGAGCCAAGGUUGUGGCAGCAGAGGGAGAAAUGAAUGCUUCUAAAGCCCUCAAGCAGGCCUCCAUGGUAUUGUCUGAGUCUCCAGCAGCUCUUCAGCUGUGCUACCUGCAAACGUUAACAACCUUGGCAGCAGAGAAUAAUUCCACCAUUGUCUUCCCUCUCCCUAUAAAUAUGCUUGAGAGUUUGGGGCAGAAAAAUAGAGGGGGAUAGAGACUGUUCUAUACUAGCUCCUUGGGCAGAGGUUUAAAGGGUUUCCCAGGAAACAAGGGGUUCGAGAUUAUCAGAAUUAAAGUAGAAGCAUGCUUGGGUCCUCUGUACCAAAAAUAAGAGUAAAAAUAGUUUAAUAACUCCCACACAGCUCCCACACUAGGAGACUGAAUUUGCAAAGUCCAGGCACUAAGCAGUUUCAACUUAGACUAAUCUCCAGGUGAAAUGGAAGUAAAUACGUAGAAGGCAAUAAAAUAUGUAAAAUGCAUGUUAGACCUAAUAUGAAAUUUUAACGAUGCUUUCACCACAUUUUAGAGAGUCUUGAGCAUAGCAAUUAUUUGGUGAAUUGUCUGCUAAACAAGAACCUCUGAGCUCUUGAUGUACUCCACACAGCAAAAGGGUCAGAUGCUGGUAUUUAACUGAAGUCCUGUGGAGUGGAAAGAAGGAUUUGACCCCUAACAUUAGAGGUAUUCUUUCAUAACUAUUAGCAGAAUUACUGGGUGAUUGGUAUGUCAGUGGAACAGCCUAGUCUUUAUUUUAUACGAGAAAAAAUGAGUACUUCCUUACUGACCUCAGCUGGGAUUUGCCAUAUCACUGACAUUUCUACAAGCUCAGUAAUAAAAGGAAGAGAAUAUAUGCCCGUGCAUUACAGUCUCAUUUCCUAAAUCUGAAGGCUGGGGCAAACCUCAAGGAAAACAACUUGUCCUACGAUACUCUAAGUGUUUGUCUUUCAGGAGGUUUCUUACCCUCCCACGCAGAUACCAUGAAGCAGUGGUGCAGGUUUUCCUAAAAUGAGCCUUCCCCACUCUCCACCCAUGCACUGCCCGGCAACUGGGUGGGGGACGUGGCUGACGGCUGAGUUCAGCUGCAAUUACACCGGAGUGAGUGUCCAGCCUUCAAAAAGAGCUGGGCUGUUCACAUUGCUGUCACACGGCGCUGGGCUGUCUGCUGUGAAUCUGAAGUCUCUUGCAGAGUACCUGUGCUGAUAGGUGCUGCAGCUGUGUAGUGUCUUCUCCACGCAAGGCCCAGAACUGCCCCUCAGUUGACUCCAAAUUAACAAGAUCAACAUCGACCUACUAAUUAUC